AACUCAAACUAUUUACCAGCAUUCACACGCACGUACACGCAGCCAGACGAGCUGGCGGCUGAGGAUCACAGCUAGAGGAGGACAGACAGACGCCGAGUCUGAGGCAGAAACGGUCCCAUGCAACAACCACUGUCCCCGUCAGGACCCUGCAGGAUUAUCUCCUUGUUUAACCAUCGUUGGCUCUAUGGGAUUACUGACUGACGGAUCCAUAACAGGCAGCUGCUGUUGAAAAAAAAGAAAACAAACACAAAAAAAAACCGGAUGUCAGUGUGGUGGUUAGAGAUGGGAGAGGUUUCAGGGCCUCUCUCCACUGUAGGAUGGUAGCCGACAGCACAGUGGAAGGCCAUGAGCGGACCGCCUUGCCAAGCGCUUCACCAGCACCAUCUUCUUCUGUAACUUCAUCAUCAUCAUCAGCAGCAGCAGCAGCAACCCCUACACAAUCGGAGCAGCUUCAGCGUCAGGCCGGACCAAAUCCAAGCCUGAAGUCCGCAUCCGCCCGCUCUGUGUACCUAACUCAUUUCCCGACGUUCGCCUCCAAGGAGGACUGCAACGUCAUCACUGACACAGCCGCCAAGCUUGAGCGCAGCGGCUUCUACUGGGGCCCGUUGGGAGUGGAGGAGGCCCACCGCAUGCUCCGCAGCGCCCCGCUGGGCAGCUACCUUAUCCGCGACAGCCGGCAGAAGGACGUCUUUUUCACCCUGUCCUAUCACGACAGGAAAGGACCCGUCAGUGUGCGCAUCGACUACAAGCAGCAGAAGUUCUCUCUGGCCGGCAACCAGCGCUCCUUCCCAACGCUCUUUGCCCUCUUGGAGUAUUACAUGAACACACCCAAGAGGAGCCUGAAGGUCCCGUACAGGAAAUGGGAGCCCACGCUGCAGGAGCUGUGCAGGAGACGCAUCGUAGAGUUGUGCGGAGGAAAGAUCCCGGAGCUGCCGGUCACACAUGUGGUCCAAGAUUUCCUGCUGGACUUCCCUUACAAACUGUAAACAGUCUGCCAUGUAACUUCUUGGCUGCAUUGUUCUUGAUGGCAAGAUGGCAGCUUUUACCAAGUAACGGUACUGCAAUCAGGUUCGCGAAGCCUUUGCGUCACAGAUCCAGGAGAGAAACGAUAUGGUUACAAACGACAUUGGCAAACUCUUUUUGGAUGAAAAACUGUGAAAUGC